AUGUCACAGCUGGAUACUUUGCUGGAGGAUAGACUCAAGUUAGAACUACUGCUCCAGCUUCAGUUCAAUGCCCUGAGAAAAUCCCUCAGGCAGCAGCUGCAAGACACCGAGAAGAGACAGGUGCAGGAGCUGGAGAAACGGAUUCAUCAAAAUGCUCUCCUGUCAAAAGAUAUAGAUAAAAAGUCUAGUGACGAAAAAGAACUGAACUAUAACCCAAAAUUCAAGGGAAUUAGAAGAUCAAAAUCUGUAUCUGCUCUGACCUCAGAAAAUGAAACCUCAUGUAAUCCCCAAAAGAGGUUUAGCAGUACUUCUUCAGUCUGGCUACCCUUAAAUAACUGGAAGUGUUUUUCCGUCCUGAAUCAGCCGUGUGAACGGUCUGCCACGUCUAAAACAACCCAGCUGAUCAAAGAGGAGGAAGCUGAGGCUGAGUGUCAAAAAAAGUUCAGUGCAGUCCCUGUCCCCAGACAUGUCACCCAGCCCAUCUAUCAGAAGAUGUUGGAGCUGAGCGAGAGGGAGCGGAAACAGGGCCAUGAGCAGAGAAAGCAGUUCUUGCUUUCCAUUCAGAAACCUUUCAGUUUCCAGGAGAGAGAAAAGAGGAAAACUGAGAAAAUGAGAGCAACAUUAAACCAAGUCUCACAGGAACCAAAAAACAAUGCUUGUGUUAAAAAAACUCAUCGGAAAGAAUCACCAGUGCUUAAAGACCAACAGGAGAAUCCAUCUCAAACCAGAAGCCCAAAACAUCGGAUUGCUGAGCGAACCAGAAAAAAAAAGUUGGGAUUUUUGGACAACAAGCCGAGUUUCCAGCCAAAGAUCAUCCACCAAGUCCCUAACUUCAGCAGGCUGCACAAGGCCUUGCAGACAGAUGCAGCAGAUAAAACAAAGAGCAAAGAUGUGACGAAGUGUCAGCCCUUCAUCCUGAGGACAUCAGCUCUACCUGCGAGGCAAAGUGUUAAGAGCUUAGAAACCUCACAGGUGCCUACACUAAGUAAUCUUAGUAGAAGCAAGUCACUUGGGGCAUUAACACUGGUGUCCUCUGACACACUCCCCACAUACAUCACAGACGCCGUAAGGAAGCGUUGCGUGGCCAUCAAAAAGUCAAUGGAGUUGAGUGAAAGUAAGAAUCAAGAGAGUGUGGAGUGGCUAAGAAACCACCAGAUAAGAUCUCAAGCAAUGAAGAAGACGUUAGCCCUGCAUGCAAAGUUGUUGGACCCUCACAGCAGUUUAAAAGAGGUGUCUAAAGAACAUUUGAAGCGACAUUGGGAAGCUGAUCGACAGAGAACGAGAGACUACAGGAGAGAAUUACGGGACAUGAAGGCCCGAGUUAGUGAACGCCCUUAUUUGUUUGAACAGGUGAAACAGAAAAAUGCGAAGGCUUGCGCAGAGCAGACAUACAGAAGCAAACUGAAGAAAGCAGGGUUAAAGGAGCAAUUUGUUGAAGAAACGGGAGAAGCACACAGAUCUGAUGAUGACACAGAAACAAGUGACCACAGCACUGAAAAUGGCAUUCAGAAUGGGGAAGAAAACGUAGACGACGGGGAGAAAAUUGAAGAUGUGGAAGAGAAGAGCGUGAAGUCCAAAGGGGAAGCAAUGCUAUGAUCAAAAAGGUCCAGGCGGCACAGAAUUCUUUGUGGUCUCUCCACUAGAAAACAACACUGUCUUCAAAAAUGAUUCAUGUCACAGCAAACACCAAAGAUUUGAUAGUUUCAGACUUACACCUAUAAAUUAUGUAACUACAAAACAUUUUGACUUCACGAUUACAG